GAGAGGGGCAGUGAGGAUGAGGAGGGAGAAGGUGAGGGUAUGGGAAGGUUGGCCAGAGCAAUUGAGAGGUUUGGAAAGAUGUAUGAAAGAGUGGAAGCAGAGAAGUUGAGGCAGAUGGUGGAAUUGGAGAAGCAGAGAAUGCAGUUUGCAAAGGACUUGGAGGUGGAGCGAAUGCAGAUGUUUACGGAAACUCAAGUUCAACUCGAGAGGAUCAAGCGGGGGAAGAAAUCGGGUUCCAAUGUGUACAGUAUGGACCCCCCAUGAGAGCAAGAUGAAGAAGAAUGCUUUAAAAUGUGUCAUGAUUGCAAGUUCCGUUCUGAUGUUUAUUAACAUGUUUGUAUAUAUGGUUUAAAAUUUUUUUCUUUUUAAUUUUGGCAUCAAAUGUUAUUGUUUCUCAUUUUCGUACAUUUUGGUUGCCA